GUACCCGGGUAGGCCGUGUCGCUAUCGUCAAUUCCCGUCUAGUCAUUGUUUUACGAGAACUUGCCGGAGCAUUAUCUAUUAAUACAUCCAUACAUACCCCAGCCUAGUAUCUCUAGCUGUCUUGUCUUCCCCUACUACUCCCAAUAUACCUAAGUAGCAUAUUCCUAUUUGGCCAUAACUUGUAGUACAGCCCUCUUAUUCACAUACUUUCCUGAAUCUAACCUCUCCCUUCAACCUACUUCCGUAAAUUCCUACAAAUAAUCAUGGCGACAAACGGGAACGAUCACGAGAUUCCUCCGGCCGAGUCGGCAGCGAUAAACACAGAUAUCGUGACAUUGACUCGCUUCCUCACAGAAGAACAAGUAAAACACAAAGAGGCAACUGGAGACUUCACAUUAUUAUGUCACGCCCUUCAAUUCUCCUUCAAGGCCAUCUCUCACUACAUCCGUCGAGCAACACUAGUAAACCUCACAGGCCUAGCCGGGCAAUCCAACGCGACCGGAGAUGACCAAAAGAAGCUGGACGUGAUUGGAAAUGACCUCUUCAUAGCGGCUAUGAAGUCGUCGGGGAAGUGUGCAUUAUUAGUGUCAGAAGAAGAGGAGGAGGUCAUAUACUUCAAGGAUCAGACCGGAGCGCGGUACGCCGUAGCUUGCGAUCCCAUCGACGGCAGCUCCAAUCUGGAUGCCGGUGUGUCGGUUGGAACGAUCUUUGGCGUCCACAAGCUAGCCGACGGCUCGUCAGGAACGAAAGAAGACAUCCUAAAACCCGGGUCCGAGCUGCUCGCUGCAGGAUUCACCAUGUACGGCGCCUCAGCACAAUUAGUUAUUACCAUGAAGGGCGGCACCGUCAAUGGCUUCACCCUAGAUACCUCAUUCGGCGAGUUCAUCCUAACCCACCCGAACAUGCGAAUUCCGAAGCAGAGGGCCAUCUACUCCGUCAACGAGGGCAACUCGCUAUAUUGGGAGGAUCACACGAAGGAAUACUUCAACUCCCUCAAAUUCCCCCAAGAUAACGGCAAGCCUUACAGUGCGAGGUAUAUUGGUAGCAUGGUUGCUGAUGCGUACCGAACGCUGUUGUACGGCGGUAUCUUUGCUUAUCCAGCCGACAAGAAGAGCCCCAAGGGCAAGCUGCGAAUCUUGUACGAAUGUGCGCCAAUGGCCAUGGUAUUUGAGAACGCCGGCGGUCAAGCCCUCGACAGCAAUAUGAGACGGAUGUUGGAGGUUGUGCCGGAACACAUCCACGAUCGGUCGGGUAUCUACAUGGGCAGUUACGAGGAAGUCGAGAAAGUCAAGAGUUUCUACAAAUGAUUCCGAUCGAAGCAAAGUGCAAUGGGAUGAGUAGCUAGGUUUAGGAUCUGCUUCUUUUUGGCGCCCAAUGGCAAAGUCAAUGGAGUAAGAGGCGUAUCUUAGCAAAAUGCCAAUUCCUUUUUGCAUCCAAUCGAAUCAUAUCGAUAUUCUUGAUAAAAUCCAUAUAUGAUGUGCAUUUUCCUCUUUAUCUAUUUGCUUUAGUAAUCAAAUCAUACCUUACCACAGUUUGGGAAAGAAUUUGGGAGUGUUCCGCUUCCACUCCUGAUAAUCCUUGCGAUCACCAUACUUGGCAUCGUACUUCUUCUCACUCAAAGGCACCCCCGUCACCUUCAAUAACAGCAGGCUCACAAACGCCGGGCUGAUAUACGACACCGCAAGCG